GGUCAUCUCCAACCGGAACUGUAACUGAUAUAGGCAGUCUACUGAGUGGUAAGUCCUACCCUCUGCCAUCUUUCUCCGCCAUCAGCAUGACAACAAGUGGGACCUCCAAUGCUGCACGAGGCUUUGAGGCCAACAUAGAUGCUGAGGAAAGGGAUACCAUCAGUUGUUUCGGUGUACCUCAGAGCAUUGUUUGUGAUCAGAAUUCAACCAGCCCGGAUGUUGCUUCGCUUUCAACCCCAUCCACUGACAACUUAGUCAGUGAUGAUGACUUCACCGGCCUCAUCAGCAUGUUAGUGGUGAGACUUCUGUCAAAAAUCCAAACCCAAACUGAUCUGUACCCAACUGACGUCACACGCACGUCACAAGACCUGAUUCCAAAAGUUAUAGCUGCCUUCUGUGCAUGGUCAGGCUGCUCUGAGACCCAAGCUUAUCCCAAGAACCUGAAGAGUCACAAAGUAUACAGCACCGUCUACAAACAUCUGUUGAAGGAGUUUGGCUCAGAGAAAAUACUCCAACUGGCCGUGUCGACUCAGGACUCCACUUUCAAUAGGAUUCUUGUGAAGUCAUUGAGCAAGGAGCUUCUCCACAGUUGUAACGAGGCAUCAAGAGCAGCCUCAAGAACAUCUUUCGAAGCCACCAGGCCAGAAGCUCUUCUCAUGGCUGAAGAUGUGAAGGCUACCAGAGGGAAGCUGUCUUUCCUACAAAGGCUUGCCAGACUGAAAUUCAACUUAAAGCCAUUCAUGAUGGGAAACAAGAAGGAUUCCAAUAAGAAAUCCCGCCAUUCUGAAUCCAAAGACCAGACUACUGCUGAAGAUAUCAUGUUGGCACAUCCUGCCACAUUUGGACUCCCAGAGGGUCUUCCCUCCACCUCUCAACAGGAGAAGCCUCGCAAAAGUCACCUUCUAAUCAGGAUGUUUUCCACCAUCUCCAUAGGCCUAUCCAAGCCAUUCAAACGGUUUUCAAAGCAAGCUUAAUACAACAAUUUCCUUUAAUACAGUAAUAUUUGCAUUGAAUUGAUGGCCUUUGUCUUCUUUAUUGUUGCCCUGUUAACACAUUUGAUUAGAAAAUACAUAGUAUAUUUAGUUUAGUUUAUUAUGCAGUCAUAGUCACGGUGUAGGCUAAACAAAGUAAUGUUGUCCUGAAUAAUGUAUAGAACA